CAGGUAAAACCAGGUGGAAAUAACAACAAUGUUAACAAUAACAACAGUGAAUACAAACAGCUGAGAAGUGAAAUGGUUUUUUCAGAUAUUGAAUAUGUGCCUCUCACCGAAAAGGAUGACGAUAACGAAUAUAAACAAACGACUGUUGCUCGUAAGGGCGAGACUAAGAGCAGGAAGAUGCAGUCAGCCAUCCUGUCCGGUCUGCAGUACAAGGUGGACGACAAUCCACCCUGGAUCUCCACAUUUCUGCUCGGAUUUCAGCAUUACUUGAUGUUGUUAAGCUCCAACCUAGCAACUCCCGGGAUCAUGGCGUCUAUAAUUUGCGCCAUUAAUAUACCGGAAACGAUGCACGUGCGUUCGGUGCUGCUUGGAAACAUGAUAUUCGCUUGUGGUGUGUGUACACUCCUGCAGACCUUUUUUGGAGCAAGAUUACCUAUAGUACAGUGUCCAGCAUUUGCAUACAUAGUUCCUAUGGUCGCUCUCGUGAAAAUACCCCGCUGGUCAUGUCCGGCCGCGGCAGAGGAGGGCCUAGUCAACAUCACAGCUAACGGGUCACAGCUAGCGGAUGACGCCGUUUCUAGCAACCAUGUAGAAAGAAUGAACCAGUUGACUGGUUCAAUCAUGGUAGCGGCCCUGCUUGAAAUCCUGAUCGGAGCUUCAGGACUGGUGAGCGUGUUACUGAAGUUUAUCGGACCUCUCACGGUGGCCCCGACAAUCAUGCUGAUGGGUCUCUCGGUGGCGGAAACUGGUUUCAACCUCUCGGGGAAGCAUUGGGGCAUCUCUGCAGCGACCAUUAUAUUGAUCAUCCUUUUCUCGGAAAUCAUCCCAAUAUUCGAGUUCAGCAACCCAUUCAGCAAGAACAAAGACCAGAAAAUACAGUUUGUUCUUCAUAAACUGUUUUCGGUAAUCCUAUCCACGUGCAUCAUGUGGUUCGUUUGUUAUAUACUCACCGCUACCGGUGCUUUUCCUGAAGAAGGUCACUAUGGUUACGAAGCUAGAACCGACAUCCGGUUGGAUGUAAUAAAGGAAGUUGCCUGGGUCAGAUUUCCAUAUCCAGGCUACUGGGGAACCCCGACGUUCAACUCUGGCUUCUUUAUAGCUAUGAUUGCUGGUGUUAUCACCUCCGUCAUAGAGAGUAUCGGAGAUUACUACACAUGCGCUAGAUUGGCCGGCGCUCUACCCCCGCCACCACACGCCGUUAACAGAGGUAUAUUUGUGGAGGGAAUUGACUGCAUCAUUUCAUCAGCCGUAGGUGCUGGAUUUGGGGUGACGUCAUGUAGCCAAAAUAUCGGCGUCAUCAGCUUAACGAAGGUGGGCAGUCGGCGGGUUGUGAUGAUGGCGGGUUUCAUCAUGGCGCUAUUUGGCUGUCUGGGUAAAUUCUCGGCGCUGGUCGUCUCAAUGCCCGACCCCAUCAUCGGCGCUUCCUUCCUCGUUCUCUUCGGGGUGCUGGCCGCAGUCGGGGCCUCCAACCUUCAGUAUGUGGAUCUCAAUUCCUCGCGGAAUCUCGUCGUGUUCGGUAUAUCUCUCUUCCUGGGUCUCUCCUUCCCUAAUUGGGUCACCGCCAACGAACAGCUCAUCAGAACAGGUAACGAGAACUUGGACCAGGUGAUCCAGGCGCUGCUCGCCAACAACAUGUUCAUGGGUUGCUUCAGCGCCCUCGUCCUCGACAACGUCAUACCCGGUACUGACGAGGAACGUGGUAUUAUCGUCUGGCGGGAAGUUCCCGAGGACACGGACGAAGACAGCGACGACGGCGACUACCAGAACCUCAACCUCUCGAUGAAGACGUACGAUCUCCCCUUCGGUAUGAAUCUCAUAAGAAGCCUCCGGUGGGGCAAGUACGUUCCAUUUUUUCCCACCUUCGAGGGAUUUGAUGAUCUUCGCUGUUGCCCCUGCAAGAAGUAUCAGCCCGAUCUGGAAGAAGUCGAGGUCGUCUUUAAAAAACAAUCCAUAAAUGGACUCGACAUUGAUACAGAUAAAGACAAUCACAGCCACCAAUCCGAGUUUUAAUGUGUUUUAUCAAAGCGCUGAAGGGAUGGAUGCGGCGAGGGCUCUAAAUUGUUCAUCAACAAUAACUUAUACAUAUAAGUAAUAGUUACUAAAGAUAAUGAUAAAUACAAUGUGCUUUAUUAGCAAAGCACUGAGGGUUUGAAGCCGGAAGGAUACUGUUAUUAAUUAGAGAACUAUAUACAGUGUGUACAACUCCAACAUUUUACAUUAAAUGGCUGAAGUAAUGUAGUCAGAGUUUAGAUCGAAGCACUGGGAAAGCUCAUCCGACGAGGGCCCUGCUAUCGACCAGACGACUACAGUUUUGUAUAGACAUAUCCAAGGAGUUUUUGCAAGAACAAAUGAACUGCGAUUACUGUUGUACUGUUCUAUUAUCAUAUUCAUAAGAAGUACAUGUACUAUAGUUCAUUCAUCACUCAUUCGAAUAAAAUAUUCAUCAACCAAUUGGGUUAAGUGAGGCAUGGUAUUCCAUAUUUAACAUUACACAUUGUAUAAACUAAACCAUCCUAUCGUAUGUAUAAAAUACUUGAAUAAUACAGUCAAACCCCGUUGUCUCGAUUACGCUUGGCUCGAAUUCCUCGUUGGCUCGAAAUGAAGAUGAAGGACACAUUUCUUUAUACUGUAUGUAAACACUCGCGCUUGGCUCUAAUCUUCGAGGCUCAAUGUAUUUUUGCCGGUCCCUGGGAGUUCGAGCCAACGAGGUUCGACUGUAUCUUCAAAAGUCAUAGAUAUUUUUGAAGGUCAUUUUUUUACAUGUUUCAUGCAUAUUUACUUUUUGCCGGAAUUGUACAUUUUCUAUUUUCUUAAAUAACUGUAAACAGAAAAAAACUUUUUAUUUAGUUAACACAUAGUUAAACAGUUGUUGUUCAGUUUUAUCUUUUAAAUGCCCCAUUUUUAGAUGGUCUUGAUACGACAUUUCGGAAAAAUUGUGAAUUCAAUAUGCAGCAUAUUGAUUGAAAUUGUACAUUCCAACUAUUUGUAGGUUAAAAGGGUGUACAAGAGUAUCCCGUUAUUAUAAUAGCACUAUGUUGGAAAAAAAUAGUAAACCAAUUUAUAUUAUGAUACAAAAAAAUAAUUUUUGUUUAUAUUUCUAAUAGCUUAAGGGUGACUUGUUACUUACUAGUGUAUCGUGAUUAAAAGCAUGAUUUUCAUAUUUUACUUUUGUUCUGUUUUUAAUGUUUGUUUUCUCCAUGGAUGUGAAGCUAGCAGUCUAGCAGUCUGGCAGUGCAGCAGUGUAAAUACACUACUAUGCGGAAACAUAUACUCAGAAUCAUGAAAUUAAAACAAUAAUGGAAAUAGUUUUUUAAAGUAUAUUACAUGUAAACUAAUUUAUACUGUUUUGGAAAGAAUGCCAGUUUUAUAUAAAUAAAUAUAAACAAUA